AUGCUCGCGGGACCGGACAAGGCCGGCGCGGGCAGUACGUUCGCGGCCCCCGUCAUGCCCGACACCGACGUCAUGCCCGACACCAACGACAUGCCCGAGCCCCUCGCUAUGCCUGACUCCGCCAUCCCGUUCAUGCCCGACAAACCCGACUCGACCUUCCCGUUCACGGCCCCCAGUAGCCCCAGCAAGGACGACAUCCGCGCGGCCUCCGACAUGCCCUGCAACGACGCAAUACCGGCAGCCCCUGACAUGCCCGACACGGUCGGCAUGCUCGCGGACCCCGACAAGCUCGGCGAAGCCAACCCUUCCGCGAUCCCCGACAUGCCCGGCGCGGCCAACCCUUCCGCGGUCCCCGACACGCUUGGCACGGACGGCAUGCUCGCUGACCCCCAACCUAUCCGGCACGCCACGAUCGAGUCCCCCGAGAUGCCCGGUACCGGCGACUCCGUCUGCCCCCUCCCCUCGACCAGCCCAGCGCGAACGGCAUGCUUGCGGACCCAGAUCAUCCCGAGGCUCACGAUCACCGACCAUGCCCGACCUGGACUGCGUGCUGAUCCCAACUUGGACAGUACGCUUGCGGUUCGGGCCAAACCUGAUACGGACAGCACGCUUGCGGCGGUCGACAACAUUGGCAUGGGCGGCGCGCGUGCGCCUCACUAG